AUGAGACCAAUAAAGUUGAUGGGUCACGAGCGUUCGUUGACACAAGUCAAGUACAACAGAGAAGGGGACUUAUUAUUCUCUGUGGCCAAAGAUAAUGCUGCCUCUAUCUGGUAUUCCUCCAACGGUGAGAGAUUAGGUACUUUAGAAGGUCACCAGGGUGUGAUCUGGUCGAUUGACGUUGAUCCUGAUACCCAUUUAUGUGCUACAGGAGGUGGUGAUUUGGCUAUCAAGUUGUGGAAGGUCGAGACUGGUAAAUGUGUUUUCACGUGGGAAUCUCCAUCUCCUGUGAGAAGAGUGGCUUUCUCACCAGAUGGAUCUAGACUCUUAGCUAUUGCUGACCAGGUCAUGGGACAUAUUGGUACGAUUGUAGUUUACGAAAUAAAUCACGACGACGAAUCUUUAACGAACCAAAGCACCGAGCCAUCAUUGGUGAUCGAGACUCCUCAGGAUGGAGCUAAGGCUACUGUCGCUGGAUGGUCAGCUAACGGCGAGUUCAUUAUUUCCGGUCAUGAUGACGGCUACAUCUACAAGUACGAUGCCCAGACUGGUGAAGCCGUUAACUCACUUGAAGCUCACGGAAUUCACACUGAAGAAAAAAACGUUACCGUUACUGACAUACAGUUUGCUGCUGAAGACAGAUCUUAUUUCAUCACUUCUUCGAAGGACAAAUGUUCCACAUUGAUCGAUGUCGACACCUUUGAAAUCUUGAAGGUAUACAAGGCAGACGCACCUAUGAACACCGCUGCUAUAACCCCACUUAAAGACUUCGUCAUCUUGGGUGGUGGUCAGGAAGCCAGAAACGUCACAACGACUGCUGAAUCGCAGGGUAAGUUCGAGGCCAGAUUCUACCACAAGGUGUUUGAAGACGAAAUCGGUCGUGUCAAAGGUCAUUUCGGUCCAUUGAACACCGUCGCUGUUCACCCAGAUGGUACUGGUUACAGUAGUGGAGGAGAAGAUGGUUUCAUCAGAGUGCAUACCUUCGACAAGUCGUACUUCGACUUCUACGUCGAUGCCGCUGAGAAGAAUACCGAAAAGUCAGCUGAAAAGGCUUAAACGUAGGUCCAAUAUCUGGGCAUAUAUAAGAAAAAGACUUAAUCGUUUGCAUGCAACUAGAUUUACUGCCCAUUGGACCGAAGAGAGCUUUGUAGCUCCAGCCGGUCUUUGGGUCCAACUAAUGGCGAAACUUCCGUCAUGCCUUGUAUACUACAUAUCAUAAAUUCAUACAAAUGUCUCU